CACCCACCAUGGCUGCCAUGGAUGUGGAUGACGAUGGAAUGGACAUAGAAGGGCUUAAUACUCUAGCGGCUGAUGAACUAGAUGAAAGAAGAGAAGCAGGAUUAAGUACAUCAUUACGAGCUGAACAAGCAGCAGCACUGGAAAUCCUAGAUGCAAGAGCUCGUGGUCGUAAACUGGCUUUGCCAACGGAUGAUGCAAAGGUACGACAACGACUGCGAAGUGAAGGGGAACCAAUCACACUAUUUGGAGAAAGACCGCCUGAUAGAAGGGAGCGAUUGAGAGAGUUUCUUGUCAAACAACAACAGAAACGAGCACAGCAAGGAGAGAGCGAGGAUGGUGAUGCUAUUGAAAGUGAAGAUUCAGAAGAUGAGGAGGAGGAAGAACAAGAAGAGGAAUUCUACACUGAAGGGUCUCAAGAUCUUCUUUCUGCUCGACAAGAUAUUGCCCGGUUCUCACUACGAAGAGCAGCCGCUCGCAUUCAGCAUCAAAAACGACAAACAAGUAUACCCCUUCAAAAGAUCAUAAAUACCCGAAAAGAAAUCUUUGCUCCUUUGCGAACGUUUACCAAUUUAGGCUCGCAAAUUGGCGACACAAGAUUCAUCAGUAUUGUCCGUUUCAGUCCAAAUGGUCAAAUUUUGGCAACCGGUAGUUGGAGUGGUGGUGUAAAAUUAUGGGAUAUACCAAGCGCAAGAGAGCGUAAAAUCAUGCGGGGACAUAAUGAUAAAGUGGGUGGAUUAUCAUGGCAUCCAGAAGCAACUUUAACGCAAAGCGAAACAACUGUCAACAUGGCUACAGGCGCAGCCGAUGGCAACAUCAACCUUUGGAGUCUGGCUGAUGAUCGCCCCAUUACAACUUUGUCCGGCCAUGCUGCUCGUGUAGCCCGAGUGGAGUUCCAUCCUUGUGGUGCAUAUAUCGCUUCGGCUUCGUUUGAUGGUACUUGGCGCCUGUGGGAUGUGAACAAAGCUCAAGAACUACUCAUACAAGAAGGUCAUUCGAAAGAAGUGUACGCAGUUGCAUUUCAAGGUGAUGGUGCUUUGUUGGCUUCGGGUGGUCUGGAUGCGAUCGGACGUGUAUGGGAUCUGCGUACCGGCAGAACAGCAAUGAUUCUUGAUGGACAUGCUCGCGAGAUUUUGUCAAUUGACUUUUCAUCGAAUGGAUAUACCCUAGCAACCGCAUCAGGUGAUGAUACUGUAAGGGUUUGGGAUUUGAGGCAAGCAAAACAAACAUACACUAUACCAGCACACAAGAGCAGUUGCACAGACGUGAGAUUUUUCAAGAGCAGAAAUGAAAGAAUCUCGAUCCCUAGUGGCAGCAACGUGAUCGAUGGCGGAGACAUCGAUAUAAAAGACGAGGACGAUAAAUCGAACGAUGAGAUAACUUUACCACACUCUUCCUCAUUCUUGGCUACAGGAGGCUAUGAUGGCUAUGUGAAGAUAUGGUCAGCGGAUGACUGGCAAAUCCUUCGUUCUAUGCACGCUGAUAGCAAGAUCAUGAGCGUUGACGUACAUCCAGAUGGGGAUAUGCUUGCAAGUGGAGAUUGGGGAAGAACAUUUAAAUUAUGGGGAGCGCUUUAACAAGCAAAAUCAAACACUGUAGAAUAAGCAUCAUGAAUGGAAUUGUACAAAAUUGUAAUCUACUACAAAUACAAAUAUAAUACACAAUGUGAAGGG